AUGUCUUCAGAGGCUGGAUCCUAUCCUACCGAUCUUUUGAGCAGCUACUCAGCCUCGGGCUUCGCAUCCUCGGCCCGCAGUCUCCCCUUCGGCCAGAAGCCAGCCCUCCUAGUCAUCGAUGUCUGCAACGCCUACCUUACACCCGGAAGCCCACUGUAUGCCCCCGAGCGAUUCCACAACGCUCUGGCAUCCACAAAUGACCUCAUAUCCCGCUGCCGCCAGCACAAGAUUCCCGUCGUUUUCACGCGCGUCGUGUAUCCGAGCCCAGAGUCCGGCGGCAAUUGGUACAAACACAAGCUCCCCGGCGCGCUACCCUGUUUCGACGUUGGCAACGAGCUCGGGGAUUAUCCGACGGGGAACUCGAUUUGCAGACCGCAAAAGGGCGAGAUGGUCAUCGAGAAGCAGUUCAGCAGCGCCUUCUUUGGGACGUCUUUGGCCAGUCAGCUUGUUGCGAUGAAGACAGACACACUCAUCAUCUGUGGGUAUUCCACGAGCGGGUGCGUUCGCGCCACCACCACCGACGCGAUGCAGUACGGCUUCAACCCGUACGUGGUGAAGGAGGCUUGUGGGGAUAGACAUGCUUACCCUCAUGAUGCGAAUCUGUUUGACAUCCAGGCCAAGUUUGGAGAGGUCGUCUCUAUGGAGGAAAUCAAGGAGCUUACGAGGCGAUGA